AAUCAAUGUAGAAAUACCAAGACCACAGCAAUGUUACGUACAGGGUGCAUAGAAUAUGUAAAAGUGUGUAAAAACUAUCAGAGCAUUGCAGAUGUGUAGGUCUUUGUGGUGCUCUCGGAGGUGACGGCUUUUGUACAUAUCAGGAAGGUGCUCUUUAUGUUAACUGUGAAGACCUGGAGCUUAUUAGAUGUGUCAAAAGUCUGUCGAUGAGGAGACCAAUGACACCCGUACUUGGUGGCUAAUACUUGGGAUAGUAUUAAUGACGGGAAUUGCAGGAUUCUUCUUCGCCCGACCCUUCGACAAUGGAGAGAUUAACACGAACUUUGUACUUCUGGCCGGAGUAAUCAACAUCUUCAUGGUGAGUGUAAUUGGUAUGGCGUUGUGGCGAUUCUACACCACUGCCUGGGAGGAGAGGAUCGUCGUGACCAGAAAAUAUGUCAUUGUCGUCUUGAUAGCUCUUGCCGUGAAAUAUAUUUAUCUGACGAGUGUCCAAAAUGCUACUUUAACGAGAUGUGUUCCGAAUAUGCUUGAGGAGUGUCGAAAGGAAAUGGAGGAAGCGGAUUACAGUCCAUUGAUGAUUCUGACGACAGACCUUUUCGUUUUCUCAGCUGCUAGUGCUGUUGGUGUUUUCCUGAUACAAAAUGUAUUAGACCCCAUAGACAGGGAAGGUUUCACUGGAUGGCUGUCACGAUUCGUUAAACCUAAGGACGAUGGAGUUAAACUUAAUGAUGUUAAAACUAAACUUCAGGAUGUUAAGACGAUGGACAUUGAUAUCACUGAGAUGGGGUGAUAUUGACUACACUAUGUUGAAGUAGUCGCCGUAUAAUUUAUAACUGGUGUUGUUUGAUAAAUUUAAAAAGGCAGAGGUGCCUUGCCCCAGUUUUUUAAGAAACAUUAUUCAAAUCUGGAACAAAUGCUUUCAAAUGCUUCAACAAGUUACAAGAAUUUCCUUAAGUCAUGGAACCUUCUUGAAACUUGGUCAAGAUGCUUGUAUCACAUUGCCAGAGAAAAGGGAGAGAAAGAGAGAUGUGAAACACUGUUAUGUAAACACGUACCAAACUUGUUUUUCCAAUAAUUAAAAAGCUGAAUUUAGUGA